CGUUAUCACCACGUCUUGCUUCUCCUGCGACUGCCCGAAACAUUGACGGCGUACGAAACGCUUCAUCUGUCGGGAUUGCCAUCCCACCACUCCAACCCCCCCAUACAGCUCGUCCACGGGUGGCCACCUCACCCCAUAGGCAUGACAGCCCAAAACGGCAGCGCUACCACGACCGCCGCAAGCAUCGAGCCAGUCGACGCCCUCGCACGCCAGCUUUACCACGGGGCGCGCACCGCCGGACCAGACUUCACCGACGUUGCGACAGCCGUUCGCGCGCUGCAUACCGUACUCAAGCAUCUCCGCGCCGAGGCUGAGGACCCAGAUAGCCUGCUAAAUUCGGUUGGCCCGCAUGGCGACGGCGAGAACAACCAGUACGCUCGCCAGCUAACACCCAUUGUUGAGGACAGCGACUUCACCCUCAAGCAGCUCGACACCAUCCUCCAAAAGUAUGGCAAUGUCGGGGAGAGCGCCGACGGCAGAGAUGCCGAGGUCCAGGGAACAGAUGAAUCCCGGAGUAACAGCAAUAUGGGGUCGAGAGAGAAGGAUAUGGUGGCCUUGAUCAGGACAAAGCUGGCGAACCAGAAGACAAACAUCGACCUCUUCCUCGAUACGAUCCAGUUGCACAACCCUGUCAAGUCCCGCGGUGUGCUAGAAAGCGCGGAUGAUCAGCAGCUGGACUCGAUCAAGGACAAGGUCGACGCGAUCGCGGCGAAGUUGUUCCACAGGAGAGACCCGGCGGGCAGCGAGGACGAGGAGGAACUCUGGCAACAGUUCCGAACCGAGCUGGAGAAUUCGGGCUUUUCAAGCGACGUAUUACGGAGGAAUAAGGAGGUUCUCCGAGCCUACAUUCGCGAGCUCGAGUCCCAAGGCCUACUUGAUAACAGCGGCACUCCGCCAUCUGCUCAUGGCCUCCCCAGCUACACUCCUGCGCCAGUCCCCAACAUGUCCAUUACCCCAGCCUCCUACCCCGGCAACGAGAACAUGGAUCCGAAGGAGAGCUUUCGAAGUAUCGACAACGAGAAAUUCUCACCAUUGGUCAAGCAAGGCCGCAACGCCGUUGAUCAGGUGCCCCCGCCGUUUGAUCAUGGAGUUCCCCAGUCGCUUCAACCCUAUCACCGUUCGCAGCCACCAGCAUUGUAUAAUCAGGAUACUGGCCUCAGCUACGAGCCAUAUCCGUCGCUUCAUUCCUCCGACUCCGACUCGGAUUCAAACUCGCAUACCUCGCCGAGAUUAACACUCAUCUCCACGCGGGACUUGCUCGCCCACGACCAAGCCAGCCUCAUGGCAGCCCGGAUGGCUGGCGUGCACCUUUCGCCAAGCUACCCACCCAACUAUGGCUUCUCUCCCGGGACGUCCCCGAGUGGAAGACGCCUGCCUCCAUCGCACCAGCCGCUCCAGAUUGCCGGCAGCGCACCGCCCACACUCCCGCCUGACCACCAGCUCUCCUCCUCGCCGGUCACUCAGCAGCUUCUCAGCUCGUCGCCUCGCUAUGUCCCGCCCGUGCAAGCGUAUCCCGGCGCUCUCUCGCCAACAUCGGCUCCCAUGACACCUCCCCCGGUGUACGGCGCCAGUCCGACGUCCCCCUCCUCAGCCACCUUUGCAAGCUCGGCGCCACCAGCUGGCGUGCCUCCCAUGUACUACGGGCCGCGGCAGCCUGGCCGUCUGGCGCCUGAUAGCCAGGGCAACGACAUCCCCCCCGACGCCAAGUGGACCAGGAUCAACCGCAAUAAGGUCUCGCCGGUGGUUCUCGAGAGGGCCGGGGUGCGGUACGAAGCACGGCCGGACUUCGUCGCCGUGCUGGGCAUCCUCACCCGGGAACAGAUCGAAGAGUACGCGCAGCAAAGCGCCGAGGUGCGGAAUUCCCGGCGGGCCGCCAACGGCGAUGCAGCCCACGCCCACGACGACAAGGACCGCGGGACUGGCGGGAGGAGGCACUACCCAGUCCGCCACCAUUCGCCCCGCCACAACGAGACAUACUACGACCGCGAUCUCAGGCGGCGCAGGCACGGCGCCGCCGCCCCCGCCAGCGACUCCGACUCCGACGUUCUGUGGGACGAGAGCGACACCACCGAGGACGAGCGCGACUCCGGGAAGCGGCGGUACCCGUCCAACCGGGACCGCGACCGUAACCGGUACACGCGCAGGGCGGCCGACGAGAAGGACCGCGACACCGAGAAGGGCGGCGACGACGACGAUGACAACAACAACAGGAGCGGCACCAAGGUGUACCCCGUCAUCGUGCCGGGGCCAGGCAGCAAGGCCAGCCCGGCCAGCACGGUGCAGCCGAAGCCGAUCCUGAAGAACCGCAACGUGAACCACGUGCGGUUCGACGAGAACGGGCCCCGCGAGAUCUCGCCCGAGGAACUGGCCUCGGGGCGGUCGCCGCGCUCGAGGGACUCGGGCAGGCACAGCAGCAGCAAGGAUGACCGCGGCGACCGGGAUGGGGAGCGCCGGCGGAGAGAUCGCGACGGGGCCAAGGAUAGGGACAGGGAUAGGGACAGGGAUCGUGACCGCGAUAGAGACAGGGACCGAGAUCACUCUCGCCGAUACCAUGGGCGAGACCGGGACCAGUAUCGGGACCGGGACCGGGCCCGCGACCGGGACCGGGACCGAGAUUCGCGCCGGGACGAGCGGCCAGCCAAGAAGAGCACCUUCCGGGAGACCAUCGGCGCCGCCGGUAUCGGUAGCGCCGCUGCUAGUCUGUUCACCGUCCUGACUGAGGCCGCGGCCGACCUGUGAUCGCACGCGCCAGACGAACAGAGACAAGGACUUCCCCAGCGGCCGAGUCUAUUGUGUGUAUGAUUCUGCUAGGCGAGGCUCAAACUGACCUGCCUGUGGACGGUUAGUACGAAUGGUGACACUGGAGAAAGCGGGUGGUCGAGGAGGAUGUUUUACACGGGUCCCAGAUUUGCAGGGAGCUUAGGA